AUGUUCGACGUCUCGUUUCCAUCGUUUGCGGAUCUGAAAGGGUUACCAGACAAAUGGUACAUCUGCAUGGUAUUGAUCGGCACUCUCAUGACAUACUCUGGACGUCUGCUUUUCCAGUUGUUUGAUCUUUGUCCACAAGAUGCCGCUGCUUAUGCGGAUAUCUCAGCAUGGUUCGGCCCAGGAGCGUACCUGGCAUGGUGGCUCACAGCAGCAUCUGUCUUGUUGAAAAGAGUCUUGAAAUUUUUGGCCGGGCCGGACAUCGGCACUAAUCGAGAUGACCACUGGGACGUGGGAGCGGAUUUUCUGUCGUCAACGUUCUACGUGGCGGCUGUCGCCGUAUGGUCCAUAGUCCAAGCCUCUCGUCGAGAGUACGCUGAGCUAGACGCUGGCUUGAUAGUCCUAGAAGCAGCAGCCGACCUGGGCUUGAUUUACGUCCUGACGACCACGACCAAGAGGUCUUCGAGACUUGCAGCAUUGAGUUUUUUUGUGUUUAGCAUCUUAGUGCACAACGCCCCUCCGAUACAUAAGGUUGUCGACCCGCCUGUCAAGAGGAGCUCCGCUGUCCCUAAUCACAGAUUAGCAGUCGGCGUAAGCCUCUUAGUCAUCGCAAUCUACGCCUCAGUCGAGGCUUUUGUUACUUUCCCACUCGAGCCAAAAGUGGGGAAGAUUUUGAUAGCCUUUGUCCUUGGUGCGCUAUGGAUUUUCAGUAACGAGCUUGGUACAUACGCUAUUAUACCACACACUGGAGCCAGAAUCGUCAGCAUCGAUCAACUAGGGCCACUGGGUGGAGCACUUCUUGUCAUAGGAUGGUCCUGGGGAGCUGAGGUGAAGAUGGGCGGAAAGUGGGUAAAAGGGUGGAUGAAGUCAGAACAUUGAACACACGGCAUCUAUCAGGACGAGGCUUAAAUACGUGGGUGUAUUCCUUCUUCGAGAGCUCACCCGGGGUUGAC